AUGGAUGCCAUUAGGCUAAAAGAUAAAAAACCUGUUAUGCUGAAGCAGGUAUACAAACAUAACAAUGGGUUUGACCAAGAGCUUGCCAUUUCGCAAUACGUGUCUUCCCCGGACCUUCUGAAAGAUCCCGAUAAUCACUGUAUACCCAUCUACGAAGUGUUGGAUAUUCCAGGCGAUAGUGAAUAUGUAAUUAUUGUCAUGCCAUUACUACACCCCUUCAACGCCACACGAUUUGACACCAUUGGAGAGUGUCUGGAUUUUUUUCAUCAAAUAUUCAAGGGUCUUCAAUUUUUGCAUAAACACCAUAUAGCUCAUCGCAAUUGUACGCAAAAUAAUGUCAUGAUGGAUCCAUCUGAGAUUUACCCAGAUGGAUUUCACCCCGUCAAGUAUAACAUGAGCCGCGAUCUUGCUGGCCCGGCAUUUCAGAAAUAUACGAGAACACAGCGACCUCCGAAAUAUUACUGGAUAGAUUUUGGUCUAUCGGUGCAAUUCAAGGAGUCGGACAAAUUCCCUCAAGCAAUGUCAAUACGCGGAGGUGACAAAUCGCCCCCGGAGUUUCGAGAUAUGGCACAGCUGCACACUAGGCGGAAUCCCUUCCCAACGGACAUCUACUAUCUGGGAAAUUUGAUCAGAAUACACUUUACCGAGGGACGCGGUAAUGACAUCGAGGGAUUCAAAUUCGGACUUUCUUUCAUGAAACCCCUUGUCGCCGCUAUGGUUCACGAAGACAUGAGCAAACGUCCAACUAUUGAUCAAUGUGUUGUUCACCUUGAAGACAUAAUCCAAGCUCAAAGCACUUGCACACUUCGGGCACAGGUGUGGCAUAGUACUGACAGUAUAUUUGGCUUCCUGUACCGCUUUUUUCCUCACUGGGCUCGUCGCAUUACCUACAUCCUCACACAAACACCAGCUAUACCACACCUUACACCUGAGCGACGCAGACACAACCACAGCAUUCCGUAG